AUGGACCACGCCCCAGUGUUCAUCUCCCAGGUUCUGGUUUCUGUUCUAGCUAACCCUCUGAAUCAGAGAGACUGGCCGCGGGUUGUGGGCCAGGACAUGCGCAGGCAUCUAGAGCAACUGCGCAGCCGAGCCGUCACUCUGAAAGGUCGAGCUGAAUCACGUACUCUUCUCUCCCUGCCACUGUGUGUGGAGACUGCUGAUCAGCAACAGCUCAGGUGUCAACAACACACUGGUUGUCUGAUGGAUCGAGCGUUGCUUUACUCUAUCGAGACAAUGGUGAUCCAGUGGACUCAGCAGAUGGGCUCUGUGCUGCAGCGAGACUCAUCGAUGCCCCUGCGAAAGGGGGACCACCCAGGCCCCUCCACAGAGCUCCAUUUCUGGGCACAACAGAAGGACAACUUGCUGGGGAUUCAGAGACAGCUCCAGAACCCCAAAGUGGAUCAGGUAUUGGAGAUUCUCCGAAGGAUCAACAGCAGCUACUAUGCAUCGUUCAUACACAUUAUCGAUAAAGUUAACCAAGCUGUGGUGGAAGCGGAGGAUAUCGAACUAUACUUGCGGCCGUUGCGAAAGCCCAUCGUGAUGUUUGAAGAACGUACGUUCACCCAGCUGGAGCCUCUCAUUCCCUCUCUGUUUCACACGCUCGCUCUCAUCUGGACGCACUCCCGUUUCUACUGCUCCCCCCAGCGCAUUGUCACGCUGCUCACAGAGUUCUGCAACCUGCUGAUUGAGAAGGCCUUUGUGUAUCUGAUCCCUGAGGAGCUGUUUAAGAUGGAGCUGGAGGAAGGUGUUGAGAGGGUACAGCGUGCCAUUCAGGUCUUCAGCACGUUUAAGUGCAGUUUCCAGCAGCACAGGGACAAACUGACCCCGGCCGGACCGUACAGUCGGCCCGGGCAUGUCGUCAAACCCUGGGACUUCCCCUCCGAGCUCGUCCUCCGCCGGAUCGACCGGAUCAUGGAGAGACUGACUAUGAUCGAGGAGUUGUUUGCGUCUGCGCUGGACUUUCUGAAGCUGGAGAGGUUGGAAUUGGGUGGGUCCAGGGGAAAGGUUCUGAGUGAAAUGGUUUACAGCAUGAACGACGAGUUUCACGACAGCUGGAGAAUACUCAGAGAGAGCAAAUACGACCCCCUGGACUACACGAAAGAGGAGUUUGUGUGUGACUACAAGCGCUUCAUGGAGCAAAACCGAGACUUUGACCAACGUCUGGGAACAGUGUUAAACCUGGCCUUCCAACACUCACCAAGUCUCGAGUCUGCUUUUAAGCUCUUGCAGAUCUUCGGAACUUUGCUGGAGAGGCCGAGGGUUCAUGAGUUGUUUGCACCAAACUACAUUCUUCUCCUGGGUAUGUUUCAAGAGGAGGUGGGAUUCUGCCAACAUAUACUGGACACCCAGAGGGAGAAGCUGCGGAACGGCUGUGUAGUUCUCAGUAAGAACAUGCCGAUGGUGGCAGGGAACCUAAAGUGGUCUCAGGAACUCAGAGACAGGAUCCUGACCAAUCGGAGUAAUCUCUGCCAACUGACACACAUCCCACUGGACAGUCCUGAGGCUGAACAAGUGUUACGUGGGUGUGAGUCUGUAUUGGAAGUACUAGAUCAGCUUGAUGAGGAAGUGUAUUCCAACUGGAGCACUGGAUUGGAUGAGCUUUGCCACACCCACCUGAAUGAACACCUCCUCUCGCUGGACCAGGAGAGUGGCUUGUACAGUCUCAAUUUUCACCCUGCGCUGACGUCAGUUUUGAGAGAAGCGAAGUAUCUUGGGUUGCUGAAGAAUGAUCACAUCCCCAAGGCUGCUCAGCACCUUUACUCCAGACGAGAAACACUCUACAUGGUGGGUGUGCUAGAGAAGCCACUGGAGAAAAGGGCGGGGCGUAACUUUGCUCCUCCCGGCACUAAAAAGCUGAUUUAUUUUGUGGAUGAUCUGAACAUGCCUGAGGUGGACGCUUACGGCACCGUCCAACCUCACACCCUCAUCCGACAACACCUGGAUUACUCACACUGGUAUGACAGACAGAGGCUGGUUCUGAAAGAGAUCCAUAACUGUCAGUACAUCACUUGCAUGAACCCGACUGCUGGAAGCUUCUCUGUAAACCCUCGACUGCAGAGACAUUUCUCCGUGUUUGCGGUGCAUUUCCCUGGUGCGGAGGCUCUUAACACUAUCUACAGCAGUAUCCUGACUGCUCACUUCCAGCAGGGCGGGUACAGUUACGGGGUGAGCCGCUCUGUGGGGACCCUCGUACAGGCCGCCAUCUGCCUGCACCAGAAAAUGACCCAGAACUUUCUGCCCACGGCCAUUCGCUUCCACUACAUCUUCAACCUCAGAGACAUGUCCAACAUCUUUCAGGGUAUUCUGUUUGCCCCUCCAGACAGUGUGAGAUAUCCCGUUGACCUGGUUCACCUCUGGUUACACGAGUGCUCUCGUGUGUACUCAGACAAACUGAUGGAGGAGAAGGACGUCGAACUGUUCAAUAAGAUCCUAUUGGACACUGGGAAGAGGUAUUUUGAGUGUAUAGAUGAAUCUAUCUUAAUCCAUCAGCCACUGUUAUACUCUCACUUUGCCCACGGAGCGGGGGAGCCACGCUACGCUCAGGUGAGCGACUGGGAAAAACUGCAGAAAACCCUGACCGACGUCCUGGAGCAUUACAACGAGCUGCACGCUAACAUGAACCUCGUCCUGUUUGAGGAGGCCAUGCAGCACAUAUGUCGGAUCAGUCGGAUCUUGGAGGCUCCUCUCGGCAAUGCCUUGCUGAUUGGCGUGGGUGGAAGUGGGAAACAGAGUCUGUGUCGUUUGGCUGCUUUCCUCAGCACACUGGAGGUUUUUCAGAUCACUCUGCGCAAGGGUUACGGCAUCAGUGACCUUAGGAGUGACAUAGCGGCUCUGUAUAUUAAAGUUGGAGUGAAGAACAUUGGUACCGUGUUCCUGCACACAGAUGCCCAGAUUCCAGACGAACGCUUUCUAGUGCUAAUCAACGACAUGCUAGCAUCGGGGGACAUCCCUGACUUGUUCAGUGAGGAAGAGAUAGACGUGAUCGUCACCUCCAUCCGUUUGGAGCUGAGAGGCCUGGGUUUGCUUGACACUCGGGAGAACUGCUGGAACUUCUUCAUCGAGAGGAUUCGCAGACAGCUAAAGGUGGUGCUCUGUUUCUCUCCCGUGGGGUUCACCCUGAGGACAAGAGCGCGGAAAUUUCCGGCACUGGUGAACUGCACAGCCAUUGACUGGUUUCACGCCUGGCCUCAGCAUGCGCUGCAGUCCGUCAGCAGUACGUUCAUCAACGGCAUCACUGGACUGGAGCCUGCCGUGAAAACGUCUAUCAGUGAGUUUAUCUCGUAUGCUCACACCAGUGUGAAUGAAGUGAGCGUCAAAUACCAGCAAAACGAAAAGCACUUCAACUACACCACGCCCAAGAGUUUUCUGGAGUUCAUGAAACUCUACGGAAACUUACUGGGCACGAAAAGACGAGAACUCACACAGAAAAUGGAACGACUGGAGAACGGACUCCAGAAACUGCAGUCGACAGCUUCGCAGGUAGAGGAUCUGAAAGCGAAGUUGGCCAUACAGGAGGUUGAACUACAUCAGAGGAACAGUGACACUGAAGCUCUCAUCUCUAAAAUUGGCCAACAGACAGAAAAACUCAACCUGGAGAAGAGCAUAGCUGAUGCUGAGGAACAGAGAGUGGCAGCCAUCCAGGCCGAGGUGACUAAACAGCAGCAGGAGAGUGAAGAGGACCUGGCCAAAGCCGAACCUGCUCUACAGGCAGCUAACGCUGCUCUGAACACACUGAACAGGUUAAAUCUAACAGAGCUGAGAACAUUCCCCAAUCCUCCAGCCAUCGUCACCAAUGUCUCUGCCGCAGUGCUGGUGCUGCUGGCACCUAACGGACGCAUCCCCAAAGACCGCAGCUGGAAAGCUGGCAAGGUGGUCAUGAGCAAGGUGGAUGACUUCCUGCAGGCUCUGGUGAACUUUGAUAAGGAACACAUUCCUGAAGCCACAGUGCGUGUGGUGAAAGAGGAGUAUCUGAGGGAUCCAGAGUUCAAUCCCGACUUUGUCCGUCUCAAAUCGUCUGCCGCCGCCGGCCUGUGUGCCUGGGUCAUCAACAUCAUACGCUUCCACGAGGUGGGUUGUGAAGUAGAGGUGAAGAAGAUGUGUCUGACUCAAGCCAAUGCUGAUCUGGUUGAAGCUGCAGAGAAACUGGAGGUCAUCAGGAAGAAACUAGCUGAACUGGACAGCAGUUUGGACACUCUCACGGCAGCUUUUGAACGAGCCACCUCAGAGAAACUGCGUUGCCAGGACGAGGUGAACCGUACCAACAAAACCAUCGAACUCGCCAACAGACUGGUCAAAGGGCUGGAGUCUGAGAACGUGCGCUGGGCCCACUCAGUGGCUCAGUAUCGGGAGCAGGAGGAGACCCUGUGUGGGGACGUUCUCCUGACCGCCGCCUUCAUCUCCUACUCCGGCUCCUUCUCCAAGAGAUACAGACACGAGCUGCUCCACAACCUGUGGAUGCCCUAUCUACGCAGCCAGAAGGUUCCUAUUCCAAUGACAGAGGGCUUGGAUCCCGUCUCUAUGCUGACUGAUGAUGCCACUGUUGCUAAGUGGAACAAUGAAGGGUUGCCGGGCGACAAGAUGUCCACGGAGAACGCCACCAUCCUGACGAACUGUGAACGCUGGCCGCUUCUGAUCGAUCCCCAGCUGCAGGGCAUCAAGUGGCUCAAGAGUCACUAUGGCAACAGCCUCAAGGUCGUUAACCUGGGACAGAAAGGGUAUGUGGAUGUCAUAGAGCAGGCUGUGGUAACAGGAGAGCCGGUCCUCAUUGAGAAUCUUGAGGAGACGAUUGAUCCGGUUAUCGAUCCGUUGCUGGGCAGACACACCAUCAAGAAGGGAAGAUGUAUAAAGGUGGGGGAUAAGGAGUGUUUUUUCCACCCGGACUUCCGGCUGAUUCUCCACACUAAGCUGGCAAAUCCUCACUAUAAGCCUGAGAUCCAGGCUCAGACCACCCUCAUCAACUUCACUGUCACCCGGGACGGCCUGGAGGAUCAGCUCCUCGCAGAGGUCGUCAACCUGGAGAGGCCAGACCUGGAGCACCUCAAGUCUGACCUGACCAAACAGCAGAACACCUUUAAGAUUGAGCUGAAGCAGUUGGAGGAUGAGUUGCUGACCCGGCUGUCAGCGGCAGAGAGUAAUUUCCUGGGAGACAAUGUGCUGGUGGAGAAACUGGAGACCACUAAACACACCGCUGCAGAGAUUGAGAUGAAGGUGUUGGAGGCGAAGGUUAACGAGGUGAAGAUAAACGAAGCUCGUGAACACUACAGGCCAGUGGCUGUGCGAGCCUCUCUCCUUUACUUCAUCAUCAAUGACCUGAACAAGAUCAACCCCAUGUACCAGUUCUCCCUCAAGGCCUUUAAUGUGGUGUUCCAUAAGGCCGUAAACAACGCGGACAGCUGUCCUGAUGUUCACACUCGCGUAAACACGCUCAUUAACUGCAUCACCUUCUCGACGUUCAACUAUAUCAACAGGGGCCUGUUUGAGCGCGACAAACUCACCUUCACCGCCCAGCUGGCAUUCCAGUUGUUGCUGAUGAGUAAAGAGAUUAAUGCGCGUGAGUUGGACUUCCUGUUACGCUUCAACGUUGACCACAGUUACGUCAGCCCUGUUGACUACCUGUCCAACUCUGCCUGGAGUGCCAUCAAGACAAUGAGUUUUACUGAUGAGUUUCGGGGGCUGGACCGGGACAUCGAAGGGUCUCCCAAACGCUGGAAGAAAGUGGUGGAGUCGGAAUGCCCGGAGAAGGAGAAGCUACCUCAGGAGUGGAAGGGGAAGAGUUCCCUCCAAAAACUCAUUCUUAUGCGUGCACUACGGCCAGACAGGAUGACCUAUGCCGUCAGAAACUUUGUUGAGGAAAAGUUGGGUGUGCAGUACACAGAAGGCAGAAAGAUGGACUUUGCCAAACUGUUUAAGGAGAGUGGUCCAGCGUCGCCUGUCUUCUUCAUUCUCUCACCUGGAGUUGACCCGCUCAAAGAUGUUGAAUCAUUGGGUAAGAAGCUGGGCUUCACUAUUGACCUGGGAAAACUGCACAAUGUCUCUCUUGGACAAGGUCAGGAGGCUGUAGCUGAAUUAGCCAUGGAGAAAGCCUCCAAGGAGGGACACUGGGUCAUACUACAGAACAUCCACCUGGUGGCUAAGUGGCUUGGCAGUCUUGAGAAGCUUCUAGAACGCUGUUGUGAAGACAGUCACCCUGACUACCGCGUGUUCAUGAGCGCAGAGCCCUCACCAACGCCGCAGGAACACAUCAUUCCACAGGGAAUUCUGGAAAAUUCCAUCAAAAUCACCAAUGAGCCGCCAACUGGCAUGCUGGCUAAUCUGCAUGCCGCGCUGGACAACUUUGACCAGGAUAUCCUGGACCAGUGCUCGCGGGAGCAGGAGUUUAAGACCAUCCUCUUCUCUCUGUGUUAUUUUCACGCCUGUGUGGCAGAGAGGAGGAAGUUUGGGCCGCAGGGCUGGAACAGAAAGUACCCCUUUAACACAGGGGACCUCACCAUCUCUGUCAACGUCCUCUACAAUUACCUGGAGGCCAACUCUCAGGUGCCAUGGGAGGAUUUGAGAUAUCUGUUUGGUGAGAUUAUGUAUGGUGGCCACAUUACAGAUGACUGGGACAGAAGACUCUGCAGAACUUACCUAGAGGAAUAUAUGCAACCCAAUCAGUUUGACAGGAAGUUGUCUCUGGCUCCAGGCUUUGUCGUCCCUUCUAACUUAGAUUAUCAGGGUUACCAUGGCUACAUUGAUGAGAUGCUGCCUCAUGAGAGCCCUGUGCAUUAUGGUCUGCAUCCGAACGCAGAGAUUGAGUUUUUGACGGUGACGUCGGAUAAUCUUUUCCACACGUUACUGGAGCUGCAGUCUCGCGACUCUGCCAUGGGAGAGGGAGCUUCCCAAACCACAGAGGAGAAGGUGAAGACGGUUCUGGAUGAUAUCCUGGAGAAGUUACCGGAAGAAUACAACAUGUCAGACAUCACGUCUAAGACAGCGGAGCGUUCGCCGUACGUCUUAGUGUGUUUCCAGGAGUGUGAGCGUAUGAACUCUCUCAUUUCAGAGAUGCGCCGCUCACUGAAAGAGCUGGACCUGGGUCUAAAGGGUGAACUGGCCAUAUCCUCUGAAAUGGAGCAAAUCCAGACUGCUUUGUUCUUUGAUAAUGUCCCUGAUACCUGGACUAGACUGGCAUACCCUUCCACAUACAGCCUGGCACAAUGGUAUAACGACCUGCUGCUGCGCUGCAGAGAACUGGACAGCUGGACUCAGGACCUGUCUCUGCCCAGUGUGGUCUGGCUCUCAGGACUUUUCAACCCACAGUCCUUUCUUACAGCGGUGAUGCAGAGUUUGGCGCGGAAGAAUGAGUGGCCUCUGGACAAGAUGAACCUGACAGUUGACGUCACAAAGAAGUUUAAAGAGGAGUUUAAUCAGCCGGCCAGAGAGGGAGCCUACGUCCAUGGCCUUUACAUGGAAGGUGCGCGCUGGGAUAUUCAGGGCGGGACCAUAGCUGAAGCCCGGCUGAAGGAGCUGACUCCCAGCAUGCCUGUAAUCGCUGUGCGGGCCGUUCCAAACGACCGCCAGGAGACCAGGAACAUCUUUGAAUGCCCCGUCUACAAGACCAAACUCCGCGCAAACACGUACGUCUGGACCUUCAGUCUGAAGACCAGAGAGAGACCAGCCAAGUGGAUCCUGGCAGGAGUCGCCUUGCUUCUCAGUGUGUAA